AUGGAAAAUGAGUUACACCCAAAUGAAAAAUAAGAUGCUCACUUAAUCAACUUAGACUUUUAAAGCAAAAGAUAACCUGAAAGCAUAAUUUCAAAAAUAAUGCUUUUCAAAGCAUACCCAAUAUUAGAAGUAAAAAAAUUUAAAAUAACGUAAAGAAAGCUUAGAAAGAAAUAUUGGAGCCUGAAAUGAUUGAUGAUUUAAAUGAGUAAGAGAAGACUCUAUUACUAUUUUAAAGAUUUAAUCAAUAAAUUGAUAUUUCAGGAAGAUAUCCUUUUUCUUUAAAUUUAAUGUAGGAGUUACUCAAGUUUUUUUUAAGUAAUAUCAUAAUAUUAUGUAUAAGAACCUCUAACAAAAGUUUUAUUUAUAUAGGUUUUAGUAACUUUAGGUUAGUUAAUAUUGCCAAUAUUAAUAAAAUUGAGUAUUGAUUACAUUGUUGAUGUUUAACAUAAAUUAGAAAAUGGAAUUAUUUUGAUUUUUUUAAUAUUGUUAAUAAGAUUGUCAAAUAUACUAACUUAAUCUCAUUAAAGAAUGUUAAGUGUAAUAUUAUUUAAUAAUAAGAAAAGAGAAAAUUAGGGUAUGAAAUGAUGAGUGUAAUCAGUAUGUUAAUAAUAAGAAAGAGUCUUAGAAUAUCUUUAUUAAGCAAUAAUGAUAGAAGUAUUGGAGAGAUUACAAACUUAAUGUAAGUGGACUCUUAAAAGUUGAUUUUAGCUUCUAAUGAUUUAUUAAAUUUAGCUAUGAUUCCUCUUUAUUUAAGUAUUAUUUAAUAAUAUAUGAUAGUUAUAAGUUUGAUUUUGAUGUAUCAUUUGAUAGGAAUUUCAUUUUUUAUUGGAUUUGUAAUAAUUUUAUUAACUAUUAUUUUGAAUAUAAAAAAUGGUGAGAAUGUGAUAAAAUCAUAAGUAAAGCUUUUAGAAGCCAAAGAUAAUCGUAUUAAAUAAAUAAAUGAAAUUUUUACCUAAAUCAAAUUCAUAAAAAUAAAUGCUUUGGAGUAAUACUUUUUAUAGAAAGUCUUUAAUUUACGUUCAAGAGAAGUAGAAUGCUUAAAAGAUAGAUUAUUUUAUUCAGCUAUAAUCAUAUUAUCAGGUUGGUUAGCACCUUAAAUUAUUUUAAGUUCUACAUUUGGAUUUUACAUAUAUUUAGGUAAUGUUAUGAAUCCUUCAAUAAUAUUUUCUAUAAUAAGUUUAUUUUAGAUUUUAUAAAUCACGAUCUAACAAUUACCAAUAUCAAUUACAGCAUUAUUAGAAACAAAAUUAUGCUUGAAUAGAAUUCAAUUAUUUUUAUAGACAUAAGAAAUUAUGACUGAAUGUAUUAGUUAUAAAGAAUAUCGAGAUAGUGAUAUUGCUAUUUCUGUAAAAGAGGGGAAUUUUUAUUGGAAUAAAUAAUAAAUUGAGAAUUAAGAGAAAAUUUUGAAAGAUAUAGAUAUAUUGAUUCCACCUGGUUAAUUAGUUUCAAUAAUAGGAGAUGUAGGAUCAGGUAAAACAUCAUUUGUAUAGUCUUUAUUGGGAGAGAUGCUUUAUAGAGAUUAUCCAAAAUUGUAAAUAAAUGGCUAAAUUGCAUAUGUGAGUCAAAAAGCCUGGAUUUAAAAUGCAACUGUUAAAGAUAAUAUUUUGUUUGGAAAUCCAUAUCAUCAACAAAGUUAUGAAAAAGCAAUUCAUUUUUCUUGUCUUAAAUAAGAUAUUGAAAUAUUAGUUAAUGGAGACUUAACUGUAAUAGGAGAGAAAGGAAUAAAUAUAUCUGGAGGAUAAAAAGCAAGAAUAAGUUUAGCUAGAGCUAUUUAUAGUGAAGCUAGCAUAUAUUUAUUAGAUGAUCCACUAAGUGCAGUAGAUUCUCAUGUUGGUAAUUUUUUGAUGAAGGAAUGCAUAUUAAAUUAUUUAAAAAAUACAACUAGAAUAUUAAUAACACAUUCUUUAAAUUAUUGUGCAUAUGCAGAUUAUAUUUAUUUAUUUGACAAUGGUUAAAUUGUAGAAUCAGGCAUAUAUGCUAAUAUUAGAUUGAGUAACAGAUUUCAAAAUAUAGCUCAAAAAUGUAAUAUGGUUGAAGAAGUUGAUGAAAACAAUAUUUAGACUUAAAAAAGCUAAGUAGAUACAAAUAUUACUUGUAAAUAACAAAAUGUUAAUCAAAUUGAUAAUAUUAUUAUUGCAGAAGAAAGAUAAAAGGGAGAUAUUGGUCUAGAAGUUUUUAAUUAGUAUUUUUAAUAUGGUGGAGGAUAUUGUAAUUUUAUUGGAGUAUUAAUAAUUAUGAUAUUUUGGAUUUUAGCUUACUUAGGUUCUAGUUUAUGGUUAUCAGAAUGGACAUUAUAAACUUAUUAACUUAGUAAUUAUUAAUAUUUAAUGAUAUACUUUAUAUUUGGAUGCUUUUAAGCUUUAUUAGCAUUUAUAAGAGCAUUAACAAUAAUUAGAUAAAGCAUAAAAUCAUCAUCAAAGAUACAUGAUGAAAUGAUGAAUUGUUUAAUGUAUGCACAUUAAUGUUAAUUUUUUGAAAGAGUGCCUUUAGGACGUAUUAUAAAUAGAUUAACAAAAGAUAUAAAUUAACUUGACACUGAAAUAUAUAUGAAUAUUAGUUGGUUAUAUACAAAAGUGAGUCAAUUGGCCAGUCAUAUUUUUUUAAAUAUAUAUGCGAGUACAUAUUUAAUUUUAUUUCCAAUUUCAAUAUUUUUUGGAGUAUGUUUGAGAAUAUAAAGGAUAUAUAUGAAAGCGAGUAGAGAAUUAUAAAGAUUAGAAUUAAUGAGUAAAAGUCCAAUUCUAAGUUAUUUUUCAGAGACUCUAACUGGUUUGACUAUUAUAAGAUCAUAUUAAUAAGUAGAUAAAUUUAUAAAAUCUUUUGGAUAAAAAUUAGAUGAAAAUAGAAAGAUAGUUAGUGCUUAAGUAAUUGUAAAUGCUUGGUUUACAUAGAUAUUAGGUUUAGCAAGUUUAAUAGUAAAUAUGUCAGCUAUAAUAUAUUGUAUAUUGUACACUAAUAAUCCAGCAUUAGCAGGAUUGGUAAUGACUUAUGCAUCAAAUAUUGAUAUGAAUAUACAGUAAACAAUUGAAUCAAUGAGUUCACUUGAAAAUGACAUGGUUUCUUUUGAAAGAUGUUAAGAAUUUACAAUGAUUGAAAAAGAGAAUAGAAAUGAGAAAAAAGUUAUAUUAAAUAAUUGGCCAAAUCAAGGAUCUGUUGUAUUCAAAAAUUUAAGUGUUUAAUAUAGAUAGAAUCUACCUUAUGCCUUGAAUAAUAUAUCUUUUAAUAUUAAUCCAAUGGAUAAGAUAGGUAUAGUAGGCAGAACAGGAGCAGGUAAAUCUACUAUUACAAUGAGUAUUCUUAGAUUAUUAGAUAGAUCUUAAGGAUAAAUCUUAAUUGAUGAUAUUGAUACUUAAAAUGUAUCUUUAAAAUAAUUAAGAGAAUCAAUUACAAGCAUUAUGUAAGAUGCUGUUAUUUUUAAUGGAACAAUAAGAGAAAACUUAGAUCCAUUAAACAAGAUAUCAGAUGAUCAAAUCAAAAAAGUAUUAUUGGAUUGUUGUUUGGAUAAAUUAGCAGAUAAUAGAAAUGGUUUGGAUACCUAAUUAUAUGAAGGAGGAGACAAUUUAAGUGCUGGUGAAAAAUAGUUAUUAUGCAUCGCUAGGGCAAUAUUAAAAAAAAGCAAAAUCAUCUUAAUUGAUGAAGCUACUGCUAAUAUAGAUGUUGAUACUGAACAUAAAAUAUAAGAAACUAUUACAAAAGCUUUUAAGAGUUGCACAGUUAUUACUAUUGCUCACAGAAUUAAUACAAUACUCAAUUGUGAUAAGUAAUUAUUCUUUAAAUCAUUUAGAAUUAUUGUUAUUAAUAAAGGACAAAUCUAAGAGUAUGGGUAUACUAAAGAUUUAAUCAAUGAUCAAUAAUCAAUGUUCUACUCAAUCUAUUCUGAAUCACAAUUAAAUAAUACAAAAAAAUGA